GCGGCGGCGCGCGAGGGCUCUGAGGUGCCGGGCGCGCGCGGUUCCUGCUCCGGCUCCGGCUCCGGCUCCGGCUCCGGCUCCCGCUCGCCUCUCGCUCGGGCUCCAGCUCUGGACGCCUUGGCUCCGUACGGCCGUGCACAGCCAUCGGGGCCGCCACGGAGCGCACAGCGCGCGCGCCAGCCGUGCGCCCCCGCCGUGCCCAACCGCCGCGAUGGGACCUGCGGCCGGGCUGCCCCUGCUCGGUGUCCUGUUGCUCCUGGUGCUGGGCGGUGUCCAGGCAGCCAUCGUCUUCAUCAAGGAGCCAUCAUCCCAGGAUGCACUGCAGGGGCGCCGGGCGCUGCUUCGCUGUGAGGUGGAGGCCCCAGGCCCUGUGCAUGUGUCCUGGCUGCUCAAUGGGGCCCCAGUCCAGGACUCUGAGCGCCGCUUCACCCAGGGCAGCAGCUUGAGCUUUGCCGCUGUGGACCGGCUGCAGGACUCAGGCACCUUCCAGUGCGUGGCCAGGGAUAAUGUAACCGGAGAGGAAGUCCGAAGUACCAAUGCCUCUUUCAACAUCAAAUGGAUUGAGGCUGGCCCUGUAGUCCUGAAGCACCCGGCCUCUGAAGCCGAGAUCCAGCCACAGACCCCGGUCAUGCUGCGAUGUCACAUUGACGGGCACCCCCGCCCCACCUACCAGUGGUUCUGGGACGGGACACCCCUCUCCGAUGGCCAGGGCAACCACACAGUCAGCAGCAGGGAGCGGAACCUGAGCCUGCGGCCAGCGGCUCCUGAGCAUAAUGGUGUCUACUCCUGCUGUGCCCACAAUGCCUUCGGCCAGGCCUGCAGCAGCCAGAACUUCACCUUGAACAUUGCUGAUGAAAGUUUUGCCAGGGUGGUGCUGGCACCCCAGGAUGUGGUCGUGGCCAGGAAUGAGGAGGCCAUGUUCCAUUGCCAAUUCUCAGCCCAGCCACCCCCGAGCCUGCAGUGGGUCUUUGAGGAUGAGACUCCCAUCACUAACCGCAGUCGUCCCACGCACCUCCGCAGAGCCACCGUGUUUGCCAAUGGCUCCCUGCUGCUAACCCAGGUCCGGCCACGCAAUGCAGGUGUCUACCGCUGCAUUGGCCAGGGGCAGAGGGGCCCUCCUGUCAUCCUGACAGCCACGCUUCAUCUGGCAGAAAUUGAAGACAUGCCACCCCUGGAGCCGCAAGUGUUCACGGCUGGCAGCGAGGAGCGUGUGGCCUGCCUGUCCCCCCGGGGUCUCCCCGAGCCCAGCAUGUGGUGGGAACACGCAGGAGCCCGGCUGCCAGCCCACGGCAGGGUCUACCAGAAGGGCCGGGAGCUGGUGUUUGCCGUCAUAGCUGAGAGUGACACUGGUGUCUACACCUGCCAUGCGGCCAACCUGGCUGGUCAGCGGCGACAGGAUAUCAACAUCACCGUGGCCACUGUGCCCACGUGGCUCAAGAAGCCCCAGGACAGCCAGCUGGAGGAGGGCAAGCCUGGCUAUUUGCAUUGCCUGACCCAGGCCACCCCCAAGCCAAUGGUCAUCUGGUACAGGAACCAGAUGCUCAUCUCAGAGGACUCACGAUUUGAGGUCUCCAAGAACGGGACCUUGCGCAUCAACAAUGUGGAGGUGUAUGAUGGCACAUGGUACCGCUGUGUGAGCAGUACACCUGCUGGCAGCAUUGAGGCACAGGCCCGCGUCCAAGUGCUGGAAAAGCUCAAGUUCACGCCACCACCUCAGCCUCUGCAGUGCAUGGAGUUUGAUAAAGAGGCCACGGUGCCCUGCUCAGCCACUGGCCGAGAGAAGCCCACAAUCAAGUGGGUGCGGGCAGAUGGGAGCAGCCUUCCAGAGUGGGUGACAGACAAUGCUGGUACCCUGCAUUUUGCCCGUGUGACCCGGGAUGACGCCGGCAACUACACCUGCAUUGCCUCCAAUGGGCCGCAGGGCCAGAUCCAAGCACAUGUGCAGCUUACUGUGGCAGUUUUUAUCACCUUCAAAGUAGAGCCAGAGCGCACGACUGUGUAUCAGGGCCACACAGCCCUGCUACGGUGCGAGGCCCAGGGCGACCCCAAGCCACUCAUCCAGUGGAAAGGCAAAGACCGCAUCCUGGACCCCACUAAGCUGGGACCCAGGAUGCACAUCUUCCAAAACGGCUCCCUGGUGAUUCAUGAUGUGGCCCCCGAAGACUCGGGCCGCUAUACCUGCAUUGCAGGCAACAGCUGCAACAUCAAGCACACGGAGGCCCCACUCUAUGUUGUGGACAAGCCAGUGCUGGAAGACUCAGAGGGCCCCGGCAGCCCACCCCCGUACAAGAUGAUCCAGACCAUUGGACUCUCUGUGGGUGCUGCUGUGGCCUACAUCAUCGCUGUGCUGGGUCUCAUGUUCUACUGCAAGAAGCGCUGCAAAGCCAAGCGACUGCAGAAGCAGCCUGAGGGUGAGGAGCCAGAGAUGGAGUGCCUCAACGGUGGGCCUCUGCAGAAUGGUCAGCCCUCUGCAGAGAUCCAAGAGGAAGUGGCCUUAACCAGCUUGGGUGCUGGCCCUGCAGCCACCAACAAGCGGCACAGCACGAGUGACAAGAUGCACUUCCCACGGUCCAGCCUGCAGCCCAUCACCACGCUGGGGAAGAGCGAGUUUGGAGAGGUGUUCCUGGCCAAGGCGCAGGGCUUGGAGGAGGGCACAGCCGAGACCCUGGUGCUGGUGAAGAGCCUGCAGAGCAAGGAUGAGCAGCAGCAGCUGGACUUCCGCAGGGAGUUGGAGAUGUUUGGAAAGUUGAAUCAUGCCAAUGUGGUGCGGCUGCUGGGGCUGUGCCGCGAGGCUGAGCCGCACUACAUGGUGCUAGAGUAUGUGGACCUGGGAGACCUCAAGCAGUUCCUGAGGAUUUCUAAGAGCAAGGAUGAAAAACUGAAGUCACAACCCCUCAGCACCAAGCAGAAGGUGGCCCUGUGCACCCAGGUGGCCCUGGGCAUGGAGCACCUGUCCAACAACCGCUUUGUGCACAAAGAUUUGGCUGCCCGCAACUGCCUGAUCAGUGCCCAGAGACAGGUGAAGGUAUCAGCCCUGGGCCUCAGCAAGGAUGUGUACAACAGCGAGUACUACCACUUUCGCCAGGCCUGGGUGCCACUGCGCUGGAUGUCCCCAGAGGCUGUCCUGGAGGGUGACUUCUCCACCAAGUCCGAUGUCUGGGCUUUCGGGGUGCUGAUGUGGGAAGUGUUCACCCAUGGGGAGCUGCCGCACAGUGGGCAGGCAGAUGAUGAGGUGCUAGCAGAUCUACAGGUUGGGAAGGCCCGGCUCCCACAGCCUGAGGGCUGCCCUUCCAAGCUCUACCAGCUGAUGCAGCGCUGCUGGGCACCCAGCCCCAAGGACCGGCCCUCCUUCAGCGAGAUCGCCAGCACCCUGGGGAACAGCCCCUCCUCAGAUGGCAAGCCGUGAGCAAGGUGUGGCAGGCUGUGCCGAGGAUGGCAGGGGCAGGGGAGAAUGCCCUGGGGAGCCUGCAGCGUGAAGGGCAGAGCCCCGUCCCCCUGGGCCCUGGGGUCCCUGUCUGGGCACAGCCAAGGUCUGGGCAGUGCCUGGGUCUCCCUCCUCUCCCUCCCUCUCGGCCUUGGGGAGGCUGAUUCAUACCCAAGCCGGGUGACUAGGGCCUUGGUUUAGGCAGCUUUCUCUGCCACCCCCACCCUCAUCAGGGACAGCGUGGGUACCUCAGGUAACCCUGAUUUCUGGCCUGCAGCUUCUUCCUCUGACCAGGUGCAGCUCUGUCACUCCUCUGCCAACUCUGCCUGGAGGGCUGGGGCGGGGGGCUCCUUCCUGUACCCAGCAGCGCCCAUGGGCCCCACCUGGGCUCUGGACCAGGACUGUGGAGAACACGGCAAGAGUCCUCCAGUGUCGCUUGGCACAAUCACCCAGACCCCGGCCUCCCUGCCCUCCUCUCCCCUCAUCCUAAGUGCCUGGCAGAUGAAGGAGUUUUCAGGAGCUUUUGACACUAUAUAACCCGCCCUUUUUGUAUGCACCGCGGGCGGCUUUUGUAUGUAACUGCAGCAUGGGGUGGGUGGGCAUGGGAGGCUGGGUGGGCUCUGGAUGAGCUGUGGAGGGUGGGCCACUCCCCUCACACCUUUACCAUUGUUGUUCUGUUUGUUUGUUUUGUGGUUUUUUUUACACUUGCUGCUCUCAAUAAAAAAGCCUUUUUUACAACCCGA